AUGACCUCUUCAACGCAUCGUGUGGUAGAUAUCCACACCCAUAUGUAUCCUCCUGCAUACGUGCAACUUCUAGAAACACGAAGCAGCAUACCCCUGAUACGGAAGUUCGCCGGUGCGAAAGAACCCCGCCUCAUUAUAUUACCGGCGGAAGCGGAAUCCCUAGACAAGAUUACAUCGGAGGAUCCGGAUAAAACGUCAUCUCACCUUCCCGGCCGCCCGGUCACAACCCAUUAUUCUUCUCUUAGUCAAAAGAUCCAUUUUAUGGACACGCAUAAAAUUGACAUAUCGGUCAUCUCGCUCGCAAAUCCAUGGCUCGACUUCGUUGCCUCCGAGGAGGCCGGAGAGGCGGCCAAGUCUGUUAACCAAGAAUUCUCCGAUAUGUGCGCCGCAGUCCCCGGCCGGUUAUUCUUCUUCGCGACUCUACCGCUAACCGCGCCGCCCGAGACGCUAUUAGCAGCUAUCGGACAUAUCCGCAGCCUCAAAUACUGCCGAGGAGUUAUCCUCGGAACGUCGGGGCUCGGGAAAGGCCUUGACGAUCCGGCCUUAGUGCCGGUCUUCCACGCGCUCGCGGCUAACAAGUUAACCAUAUUCCUGCACCCUCACUACGGCCUGCCAAGCGAAGUAUGGGGUCCUCGCGCCACCGAGGAAUACGGCCACGUGCUGCCGCUGGCCCUGGGGUUCCCCAUGGAAACCACGAUCGCGGUGGCGCGGAUGUACCUCGCGGGCGUGUUCGACCAGGUGCCGGAGCUGCGCAUGAUCCUCGCGCACAGCGGCGGGACGCUUCCCUUCCUAGCGGGCCGCAUCGAGAGCUGCAUCGUGCACGACGGCCACCUGAUGCGGGAGGGCAAGGCGGGACCGGGCCGGCGGACGAUCUGGCAGAUCCUCCGCGAGCAGAUCUACCUGGACGCAGUCGUGUACUCGGAGGUCGGGCUGAAGGCGGCGGUGGACGCCAGCGGCGCGGACAGGCUGAUGUUCGGCACCGACCACCCGUUCUUCCCGCCGCUGGGCAGCGACGAGCAGGGCGAGUGGGAGAGCGUCACUUGGAACGCCGAGGCCGUGAGGAAGGCCCUCGGGGACGCGACGGAUCGCGGGAGGGCGGUUAUGGGCGGGAACGCCGUCGAGGUGCUGAGGUUGCUUGAGGAUAGUUGA